UGAAACAAGAUGGGUAGAAUACUUCAUCUGGGAAGAGACACCUGUCUCUGGUUUUUAAAGGGAUCCCGUCUCAUCCGGCCUAGACUAUUCUGCGCUUCCGUGACCAAGAACAAUGGCACAAGCAGCAACAGCAGCAUCAAUAGCAACAACAGUUCAAUAAGAGAUUGUGAUGCAUAUCGUGAAUUGGAAAAACUCGAUUUCAUGACUGCUGCUAAGAUUCUUUUCACCACUCCUCCUAAGAAGAAGAAAUUUGGGCUUGAUUUCCACCUGGUACAGCUCUUCUUUGCCUGCAUGCCUUCAUUGGCUGUCUAUUUGGUGGCUCAGUAUGCUCGCUAUGAAAUUAGAAGAAUGGAGGCGGAACUAGAGCUGAAAAAGAAGCAAGAGGAGGAAGAGAAAGCAAAUGAACUGGAAUUGGUGGCUGGAGAAGAAAGAGAAGUGCCAUCUGAUCCAGAGCUAUUAAAGGUGAAGGUCAGACUGGAUGCAUUAGAGGAAGUUGUGAAGGAGAUUGCGGUUGAAUCAAAGAAACAGUCAGGUGCCAAUUUAACAAAGGAUAGCCAGGAAGUUGACAAGAAAGAGCAGCUUGCAGAUAUUGUCUCACGCUUCCAAAAUAAAUCAGAAGGCAACACUGCAACUGACGAUAAUUCCAGCGGGUUAAAAUCCAGGGAAUCAGCACCAAUCUUGAGCCAACAGCAGGCAAAUGGGUCAUCUGCAGCUAUUAAUUCCUUGCAAGGGGACCAGAAGAAGGGAGGUGGAGGUGCCAAGGAUGAAGGGGCUUCAAAAGAUUUCUAGAAAUAAAGAUGGCAUUAACAUAAGGAGGCAAAACUAGCGUGUUUGCCUUUAACUUGUCAUAGCCCUAAAAUUGUUAUUUCACCCACAUCCUGGUUCAGUGAGAACCUUUGAUACAUCUUGCAUCAAAAUGAGUAAGCGCAGUGCCAUAUCAUACGUGCCUUCAGUCAAGAUGGAGUUCACAUUUAUCUAGAUUUUGGCCCUAUUUAUCCAUCAAUCUUGGGUCACUUGUCAUUGGCUUUGGGGUGGGAUACUUAGCUGGGCUACUGUUCAAGUUAAGGUUAUAAUUGGAGCCCUCCAUUAUGAAGAGCUUUAAACUUGAUUUCCAAGCUUUUCGCUCUUGACUGAACUGUUUCAUAUUUUGCGGCCACAGAACUGUAAGCAGAUCAUGUCUUUGCAUUAAAUUAUUUGAAAAGCAGAACCCAUUAUGGUUGGUUUUAAGUUAUUACUGUUGAGGUACCUCCUAUUAUAUUUGUCA